CCGGUCGUGCGUCUCGGAAGCGGGACCCGGGCGCCGGCCCCAUGUGGCAGCGGCUCCGCUCCGCCCUCCGGAGGCUCCGCGGCUCGGCCGCCGCCUCCCCGCCCGCCGGCGCCAUGGAGCGGGCCGUGGUGCGCUGCGUGCCCUCUGAGCCCAAGCUGAGCCUGCGCUUCGUGCUCCCCGACGGCAGCGCCAAGCACAUGCAGCGGGACCAGGCGGAGCCGCUGGGCCGGGCGCUGGCCCGCAUCGCCACCAACGCCGCCAAGGGCCCUAGCAAGGCGGCCAAGAAGAGCAAGAAGGCGCGGGCGGAGGGCGGCCCGGCGGGGGAGGCCGCGGCGCUGCCGGCCGUGCGGCUGUUCUCCCGGGACGGGGCGGCGGUGGGCGCGGAGGUGCCGAACGCGGCGGCCUGGCAGGACGGCUCGGUGCUGCACAUCGGGGACGCGCGGUACCGCGUGGAGCGCAACCCGCCCGCGCUCACCGGGCUGCAGCUGCCGCGCUCGCUGCUCGCCGGCUUCCCCGUGUGCCCCAAGGUGAGCGCCGAGUUCGCCGCCCCGGAGCACUGCCUGUUCCGCUGGUACCGCGAGCGGCGGCCCGGGCCCGGCGGGGAGGCGGCGGGGAGCGAGGCCGGGCCGGGCUGGGUGGAGGCGGCGGCCGCCCAGCGCGUUUUCACGCCGUCCAACGCGCUGGUGGGGCUGCGGCUGAAGCUGCGCUGCACGCCCGGGGACGGGGCGCAGCGCUACGGGCCGCCCUGCGAGGUGGAGAGCAGCGGGCCCGUGGAGGCCGGGCCCGGCGCCUGCACCUUCGACCCCCGGCACCUCUACACCGGCAAGCUGUGCGGGGAGCGCGCCGUGCGCGCCGUCUCUUACAACAUCCUGGCCGACACCUACGCCCAGACCGAGUUCUCCCGCACUGUGCUCUACCCCUACUGCGCCCCGUACGCCCUGGAGCUCGACUACCGGCAGAACCUCCUCAAGAAGGAGCUGGCGGGUUACAACGCCGACCUCAUCUGCCUGCAAGAGGUGGAUAAGUCUGUGUUCGUGGACAGCUUGGCUCCGGCCCUGGAUGCUUUUGGACUCGAAGGGCUGUUCAAGAUCAAGGAGAAGCAGCACGAAGGCCUGGCCACUUUCUACCGCAGGGCCAAGUUCAGCCUCCUUAGCCAGCAUGACAUAGCGUUCAGCGACGCGCUGCUCUCGGACCCGCUGCACAAGGAGCUGUGCGAUAGGCUGGCCAAGUACCCCCUGGUGCAGGAGAAGGUGCUGCAGAGAUCAUCUGUGCUGCAGGUUUCAGUUCUUCAGUCUACAACCGAUCCUUCCAGGAAGAUCUGUGUAGCCAAUACCCAUCUCUACUGGCACCCAAAAGGUGGGAACAUCCGUCUCAUCCAAAUCGCUGUAGCCUUGUCUCACAUCAGGCACAUAGCGUGCGACUUGUAUCCCAGCAUUCCCAUCAUAUUCUGCGGAGAUUUCAACAGCACGCCAUCGUCGGGAACGUACAGCUUCAUCAGCAGCGGCCGCGUCGCCGAGGACCACGAGGACUGGGUCUCCGGUGGCGAGGACGAGCGGUGCAGCAUGGCGCUGCGCCACCCCUUCCAGCUGCGCAGCGCCUGCGGGGAGCCCGCCUACACCAACUACGUGGGCGGGUUCCACGGGUGCCUGGACUACAUUUUCAUCGACAGAACCGCUCUGGAGGUUGAACAGGUCAUUCCGCUGCCCAGUCAUGAAGAAGUCACAACACAUCAGGCUUUGCCAAGCGUUUCACAUCCUUCUGAUCAUAUAGCACUAGUGUGUGACUUGAAGUGGAAAUAAAUGAGCUCUUGCGUGGUGCUUUUCGAGGUUUUCAAAUGGAAUUGAACUGUGGUUACACUCUGGCUUGUAUGCUACCAAAAGGGAAGUCAGAACAAUUACUGAAAAGUUCAUGUGUUUAAUGGUUCUACUGAGUAUUAUCACACUGCUCAGAAUAUUUGCAUGACUUUUCCCUUUUUGUAUCCUAGUAAGAAAAAUAUAUUUAAGACAGGGUUUGAAAAUUAGAUUAUCUUAUACCUUUUUAUUGGUAUUUUUAAAGAAUUAAGAAUUAUUUUGAUAAAAGACAUUAAUUUAAUCUGAUUUCUAUGACAGUGUACAAACUGAACCCUGCUCAAUUCAGAACCAAAUGCAAAACCUGAAAACAAAUGGGUUGAGUUGAUCCACCUCAUUGUCGUUACUGUCCUGACAAUUCUUACAAUUAACUCCAGAAACUGUUGUGUUCACCAUUACUUUUUAGUAAGUGGGAUGAAAAAUGUGCUUGUACCUAUUACCUUCUGAGAAGAUGCUCAUUAACUGUCAGUGACUGUUUGCAGGGAGAUCCAGUAGGUUUCUGUGCCUGCAUCUUUAAAAAGAAACUCAAGUGACUUACAGACCUUCACUGCAAUUGUUCUGUUUUGUUGCUCUAUUGCACACAAAGGCCCAAAUUUUUACUAGUGCUUUUACCCACAUUUUUUCCUUCUAGAAAUAGCCUUGGCUUCCCUGUUUUCUAAGAGAUCAUUUGGGUGUGGGGAAAUGUGUUUUACCUGUACUGUCAUUGAAUGUAUUGGAGGGCUUGGAUCAUUUAACAAGCUUCUUUCCCUGCAUCAUUGGUCUAUAUUAAGCAGCAUUUGAAAACAAUUUGACGAGAUCUCCCUCUUUCACCUAAUAAAGUUCCCUUUUCAAGGGUCUGUCUUUUUUCCUA